GUACCAGCAGCGACCCAUCUUCCUCCGAUGCCGUAGUGGACAACUUUUUUCAGGAGCUGGCCUCAUGCCGCUCGAACAGUCUCACCGAGACCACGCACUGUACGGACUCCUCGGGGAUUUCUGCAAGCACCUGGGUGAGCAACUUCAUCAACUGCGGAUCGGGAAGCGGUGGAACCCGGAACGCCUCCCUGAUUACCACGGAGGGUAUUGUCGACCCCAUGAACCCUCCGCCGGUUUUGCUAUCAUACCGAAACUCCGAGGACCCUUGUCGUAAGUUUGCUAGAACGCAAACCUCAUUGUUCCGAUGCCUCGUGGUCUCCCAUCACAAGAACUACAUCAUACGUUGAAUGCAAACAAUACAACUACGAAUACAUGUGCAUGUUUAUUUUCAAACUGGCAGUCUCAGUUGCAUCAGUGUGCACGAGUCGUAGUUUCGUAAGGAUACUUACAAGAUCCGGAGUCCAACAGCAGCGGAAGCUUCAUCGAAGAUUUGCUAAAGACUGCAUCGAUAGGGGAAGGUAUAAAUAUGGACCUUGUCAUUUCGACUGUUUGUCAUGCGAUAUUAUAGCUUUCUAGUUCCUUUUUCAUGUGGAGUAGUAUCUAUGACAGACACAGAGAACGCAGGCAAGUGGUAAAAAACCAGAAGGAAUACACAACACAAUCCAUUUUCCUAAGGUUCUGGGUCGCCGUCCCCAGGACGCAAUGAUCUGUUCAACAACGAUCGCC